CCUGUACGAACUACGUACAAACGGUAUUUUUUUCUCGACUACGAUUACGAGUCGUACYGGUAGUACCAGUAGUCCGGGUGAACAGUACACACCUCUACCAUUCCUUCAUUUUUUUUUCUCUUUUCGAAACUUGUCGACAAGACGGAGCAGUGAUCGAAACAACAACAAUAUGAUGGCAAGAAUAGCUUCGAGAAGUGUUUCCACGAGACAGCAUCGACGACAAAGAAGAUCCUGGCGAUUGGCGGGCGUUCUUGCCGUGACAGUAUCCCUUGCUACCAAACGAGCCCUGACAACGACGAAUGCUCUGUCGUCGGUGUCGUCGGUGUCGUCGCCGAAGAAGAUUGCCGUGAUUGGUGGUGGAGCAUCGGGCAUUUUCGCAUCCAUCGCUGCAGCAGAGCACGCGGCGUUUUUACACAGCAGUAGCAAUGGCCAGAAAAAGCAACCGCCGACAAAAGUAGUCGUGUUGGAAGCCACUGGCAAGACGCUUUCCAAGGUCAAAAUAUCGGGCGGGGGUCGCUGCAACGUGUUGCACGACACCUCCAAGCCAACCUCAACAAUAUUGACCGGGUAUCCCCGCGGGAAGAAAGAGCUCACCGGCCUGUAUCACAAGCGAUUUACUCCGACCAUGGCCAGAGACUGGUUCGAACUGCGCGGUGUAGAGCUGAAGGUGGAGGAGGACGGACGAAUGUUUCCCGUCUCUGAUUCGUCCCAAACGAUCAUUGACACAUUGAUGGAGGCGGCGAGGGAAUCAGGUGUCGAUGUUCGAUUGAAGAAAUUAGUGAAAAAUAUUGAUGUUGUGGAUUCAAAUCUCGAAGAUGACGAUGCACCGACUCGGAGUGGUGAAGAUCACCCAACUACCUUCAUGGUUCACUACAAAGAUGGAAGCAAAGAGAAGUUUUCUUCGAUUGUUUUGGCUACAGGGUCUACACCGGUUGGUCACGCAUUGGCCAAAUCCUUGGGACACGACCCGCUAGUGUCGCCUGUUCCGUCUCUCUUCACGCUAAAUUGCAAGCACGCGGUUUCCUCUUCCUCCGACGAGAAAGGAUUCCUUCACGGAUUGUCCGGGCUUUCUGUUCCUACGGGAMGUGUAACUUUGCGGGUAGAAUCGCCUUCUGGUCCAAAGAAGAACGGCAGCAGCGACGGCAGCAAGAAAAAGAAAAGAAAGAAAGCACAACAAAUUUGCCAAGAGGGUCCGAUUUUGAUAACACACCACGGGAUCUCGGGACCGGCCACUCUGAGACUAUCCGCAUUCGCAGCUCGGGAAUUCCAUGAUAUCAAUUAUCGUGGUCAAGUCACUGUGAAUUGGGAUAUCAAUGCAGCAAGCAUGGACAGGGGAAAUCCUGAAGAUGUCUUGGAAGAACUAUGGAAGAUAACCUUCUCGAAUCCAAAGCGCAACGUGGCCAGCGUAUGCCCGUUACCAAACAAUUCUAUUCCUCGUAGACUUUGGCAGGCCCUAGUGUUGCACAGUGGUUUUACUAUCGAUGCCAAGUGGGGGAGUGCGUCUAAGAAGGCCGUUAGAAAGCUGGCUCAAAAUUUGGUGGCCUGUCCGCUGGAAAUCACAAGCAAGGGCACCUUCAAGGAAGAAUUCGUCACAGCAGGAGGUGUGGACCUGAAAGAAAUCGACAUGAAGACCAUGGAGUCCAAGGUCUGCCCGGGUCUAUUUCUGUGUGGAGAAGUCAUUAACGUGGACGGUGUAACGGGCGGGUUCAACUUUAUGAAUUGCUGGUCGACUGGGUUUGUUGCGGGAGAAUCUUCCAGCAGCCGGACCUCAUCGCUUCUGUAAAACUUGCAAAUUUUGAAAAACAAAAAUGAAACUAUAAU